CCCCUUAACCGGUCCAAACACGGGCACACUAGCAUUUAAGCUUCGACUUUGGCCGGUUGAUUUUCCAAUAUAUAUAUAUUGAAUAAAUACGCCGACUAACAGCUCACCACACGGAAUCCACAGCGGGCGGCUCAGGCGGCAAUCUGAUUACGAAUCUUUGGAAACGAUCUCCGGCGAAAUGUCUGCGGAGCGUCUGGAUGUGAUUAUCUUUGGGGCCAGUGGCUUCACAGGCAAGUACACGGUCUUCGAGGCGGUGACCGUGCUGAGCGGCCUGCGCUGGGGAAUCGCCGGCAGGAACCGCGAAAAGCUGGAGGCGGUGCUGAAGCAGAUGGGCGCGAAGGCCAAGAAGGACCUCUCGCAGGUGCCCAUCAUCAUAGCGGACGUCAACGACGAGGCCUCGCUGCUGCAGAUGGCCAGGAGGUGCAGGAUCGUGGUGAACACGGCGGGACCCUACCGCUUCCACGGCGAGGGAGUGGUGAAGGCCUGCAUCGAGUCGGGCACCCACCACGUGGACGUCAGCGGGGAGCCGCAGUACAUGGAGACCAUGCAGCUGAAGUACGACCAGCGGGCCAGGGAGAAGGGCGUGUACGUGGUCAGCGCCUGCGGCUUCGACUCCAUCCCCGCCGACAUGGGCGUCAUCUUCGUGGAGAAGAACUUCGACGGGGUCGUGAACUCCGUGGAGACCUUCCUGGAGAGCGGCCUCAAGGAGGGCGGCGGGGGCGGUGGCAGCGCUGGGCUGAACUACGGCACGUGGGAGAGCGCCGUCUACGGGCUGGCCCACUCGGACGAGCUGCGCGGCAUCCGGCAGAAGCUCUUCCCCCAGAGGCUGCCCAAGUUCUACCCCGUGCUCAGGCCACGACCCCUGGUCUUCCGCGCCGCCGAGGUGGACAAGGUGUGCCUGCCCUUCCCCGGCUCCGACCGCUCGGUGGUGAUGCGCUCGCAGCGCUUCCUCUACGAACAGGACAAGAAGAGGCCCGUGCAGAUGCAGGCCUACGUGGGAUUCCCCUCGUGGCUGGCGGCCGGCGCCGUGAUCCUUUUCGCCAGCAUCUUCGGCCUGCUCUCGAAGUUCCAGCUGGGCCGCACGCUGCUCCUGAAGUAUCCCGGCCUGUUCUCCGGGGGACUGGCCUCGCGUUCCGGCCCGAGUGAGGAGUCCAUGGAGCGCACCUACUUCAGGAUGACCUUCAAGGCCACUGGCUGGCCCAAGGGCGAUCGCCUGGCCGAGGGCUCCGACCAGUACACGGAGCCCCCGACCAAGUCGCUGAUGGUGCGCGUCUCGGGCAUGAACCCCGGAUACGGAGCCACCUGCGUGGCCCUGCUCUCCACCGCUCUGACCAUUCUGCGCGAGUCCGAGAAGAUGCCCAACAACGGCGGAGUUCUGGCUCCAGCCGCCGCCUUCUCGAAGACCAGCCUCAUCAGCGAGCUGGAGAAGCACGAUCACGGCAUGAAGUUUGAGAUUCUGGCCAACAAGUGAAGUGCCUGCUGAACCCCAACACAAAGGCUCUCUUUCAACCAUCAGGCUUGGCGUUUAUUACACAGUUUGGACUGUAAUUAUAUAAGCACUUAUUAAAUUAACUUACACUUCAGAUAAA